AAUCCUCGCUAUCUUUCUCUCUUUCUCUCUCUCUGUCGCAAUUCUAUAUAUUUUUUUUCUCUCUCUCUUUUUCUCGUCAGUCUUUUAUUGCGAAGAAGUCUUCGGUUUUUUAUUUAGCCCUCCGCUAUUUAUAUCUUACUACUUUCUCUCUCUAAAUCCAAAAUUUUGUAUCUCAGAUCGGGGAAUUGAAGGUGCAGGAGUGGAAUUGGGUUGAAGAAAUUAGGGUUUGAUUGAAAUUGGGAGCGAUCUAGGGUUUUGUUGCUUUGAAGGGUGUGUGAGAAAGUCUAGGGUUUUUUUUUUGAAUCGGGGGUUUGCUUAGGGUCUUGGGGAAUUUGCGAAUUGGACUGGUUUUGAUGGUGUAUUUGUGUAUUUCGGGGGAAUUAAGAAAGGUCUUAAUGUGAAGAAGUUGAUUUGAUGGUGGCUGGAGGAGAACGAAUUAAUGGUAUUAUUGGGGAAAAUGCGAGUCGAAUGUUAUUAUGCAUGGGAGGGAACAGAGGGAAGGUGAGAGUCAUCAUCGGAGGAUUGUUGUUGUUCGGAAAAGUGGUUGCGGCGGUCAGCACAUGCGGUCUGUCCCUUUGAGCACGACCAGAAACAGUUUAGCUGACGGCGGCGGUGACUCGAGUCUUAUUUCUACUGUUAUUACCAUAAUUUCUAGUGAUUCCUUCUGCAAGGAUGGUCGCAGAAUAAGUGUGGGUGACUGUGCUCUUUUUAAGCCUCCUCAGGAUUCUCCACCGUUCAUCGGCAUAAUUCGUUGUUUGAGACCUAGUAAAGAGAAUAACUUGCAACUAGGUGUUAAUUGGCUCUAUCGACCGGCUGAGUUGAAGCUUGGCAAAGGCAUCCUCCCGGACGCCGCGCCAAACGAAAUCUUUUAUUCUUUUCAUGAGGAUGAGACUCCAGCUGCAUCGUUACUACAUCCGUGUAAAGUUGCAUUCCUUCCUAAAGGUGUUGAACUUCCUUCAGGGAUAUCCUCCUUUGUCUGUCGGCGAGUUUAUGACAUUGAUAGCAAGUGUUUAUGGUGGCUAACCGAUCAAGAUUAUAUUAAUGAGCGACAAGAAGAAGUAGAUAAGCUCUUACAAAAAUCAAGAAUAGAGAUGGAUGCGUCCUUUCAGUCCGGCAACCGUUCUCCAAAACCAACAAAUAAUUCAGUGUCUACAUCACAAUUUAAACCAAGUUCUGAUAAUGUGCAGAGUAGUGCAACUUCUCUUCCCACUAAGGGAAAGAAAAGGGAGCGUGGAGACCAGGCCUCUGACCCUGUUAAGCGAGAACGUUCUCUGAAGCCAGAUGAUAGUGAUUCUGGCCUUUACAAAUCUGAAAGCUUUUUGAAAUCUGAGAUUGCAAAGAUGACAGAGAAGGGAGGGGUUGUAGAUUCAGAAUCUGUUGAGAAACUUGUCCUACUUAUGCAACCAGAUAAAGUGGAUAAGAAGUUGGAUUUAAUUAGCCGUUCAAUGCUUGCAGGUGUUGUAGCUGCCACUGAUAAGCUUGACUGUCUUAACCGAUUUGUGCAGCUGAAGGGCUUGACUGUGUUUGAUGAAUGGCUUCAGGAUGUCCAUAAAGGGAAGAUUGGUGAUAGUAGUGAUAAAUCUGCUGAGGACUUUCUGUUGGUUCUACUUCGUGCUCUUGAUAAGCUUCCUGUGAACCUGCUUGCCCUACAAACAUGCAACAUUGGCAGAUCCGUUAAUCAUUUACGGUCACACAAAAACUUGGAAAUCCAAAAGAAAGCAAGGGGUUUAGUUGACACUUGGAAGAAACGAGUUGAGGCUGAAAUGAAUAUGAUUGAUGCAAAUACUGGUUCAACUCAGGCCACUUCGUGGCCGUCCAAAUCACGCCUUCCUGAGGCUCAUGGAGGCAGAAGUAGUGGUGGAUCUGGUGAUGUUGCCUUGAAGAGCUCGGUGACACAGCUUUCAGCAUCUAAAACAAUGUCAAUUAAGGUUUCACAAGUGGAAACUGCUGGGAAGUCUGCAUCCCCAUCUCCAGGUGCAAUAAAAUCGGCUUCGUCGCCAGCAUCAGGCAAGGAUAGUCAACCGAGAAUUACCACUGGUAGUACUUCUGAUAUUCCCUUGUCAACUAGAGAAGAGAAGAGCAGUAGUUCUAGUCAGUCUCACAAUUACAGUCAAUCUUUCUCAGGAAAGGAAGAUGCUAGGACUUCUACUGCUGGGUCAAUGAGUGUCAAUAAGAUCUCAAGUGGUGGCUCAAGGCACAGGAAGUCGGUGAACGGCUUCCCUGGGACAUUGGUGUCUGGAAGCCAGAAAGAAACAGGGUCAAGUAGAAAUUCCUCAAUCCACCGAACCACUGCUCAAGAGAAGUUUGUAGCAAUGGGUGAAAAGGUGUUUGAGACGUCUGUUGUUGAUGGGGCCACUCCCAAGUUGAUAGUUAAGCUACCCAACCGGGGACGAAGUCCUGCUCAAAGUGUUAGCGGAGGAUCUUUUGAAGAUCCCUCUAUUAUGAGCAGCCGUGCUUCUUCUCCUGUGGUUUCGGAUAAGCAUGAACCAUCUGAACGUACAAAAGAAAAGGCUGAUGCAGGUCGGGCUAAUGUUAUUUCUGAUGUGAAUGCAGAAUCAUGGCAGAGUAAUGAUUUUAAAGAUUUACAUACUGGGUCUGAUGAAGGUGAUGGGUCUCCUACAGCUGUUCCUGAGGAAGACCGAAGUAGACCUCCUGAAGAUGGUACAAAAGUCCCUGAGGUACCCAAAGCUGCUUCAUCAUCAUCUGGGAAUGAUUUGAAGUCUGGAAAACUGCAUGAUGCAUCUUUCAGUUCCAUGAAUGCAUUGAUCGAAAGCUGUGUAAAAUAUUCUGAGGCGAGCACACCCGUGUCAAUCGGGGAUGAUGUUGGAAUGAAUCUUCUUGCCAGUGUUGCUGCUGGAGAAAUGUACAAGUCUGACUCGCUUACACCUGCUGAUUCUCCACAAGAAUGCAGCCCUCCUGUGGAGGAGAUUUCUAAUGGUGAAGAUGCCAAAUCAAAAUCAUCACCUCAAGAAACCUUAGUACGAGAACGAUGUGAGCCCAAUGAUGUUGAUGGUGAUGAUCUUAAGCGGGGUAAAUCUGCUAGUUCAUGGUCCAAAGAUGGAAUAUGUCUUUCCAAGCAAGCAUCACUCCACUCCACUGGAGAUAGGAAAGCCGCUGCUGCAUCAUCUGAAGAGAUUUUGCAAGCAACCACAGAUCGCUACUCUGAGAUGAAUGAAAAGUAUGAUGAUAUUUUGGUCUCCAGUUCAUUGUCACCCACAACGAAGGUAGCUAAGGACAGAAAUUUGGAUUCUGGUAAACAAUCUUCUGAGGAAAAGGGUGUUGAGGUUAAAUUAAGUGUCCUUUCAAGCACUGAAGAUGUAAAACCUAAAGCUGAAGUUCCAUCCAAUCCGUCAAUGGAGAUUGAUUGCAAGAAAGAUAGUAAUGAAAUGUCAAACACUGUUGUUCUCACAGAGCAGAAGCCCAAGGCCGAAGAGCUGCCAGCUACUGGAUCUAUUAAGGAUUUAGCUUCAGAAAAUGUUGACAGUUGCAAAGUUAGAGAGGCUGAUGAGGAUCCUGGUGAUAGUGGUGUUAAUCAGUCUGAUGGGGCAACAUUGGAUCCAAAAACCAAUAUAAUUUCAGCAUCUGAAGAUAAAAAUUUAGAUGGUUUGAGUUCAGAUGCUACUGACCAAAAAACUGAUUGCGUAAAGGCCAAUUCUGAAAAGAUGGAAGUCGCUGAACCCCAUGCAUUUGGAACAUGUGCCCUGAAAGAGGAACCUACAGUUGGGUCGAAAGAGGUGGUUGGAGACGUAGAUUUUAAGGAAGCAAAGAAGUCUGAUGCUGAAGUGGCUGAAUUGGAGGAACGGGUAUCCACUGUGGUUGGUGCUAGGUCCUUAACAUCUGUACAUGCACCUGAUAUGGAUUCAAAGAUGAAUUUCGAUUUGAAUGAAGGCUUAGUUAGUGAUGAUGGAAAAUAUGGGGAACCUAUCAAUUUGUCAACUGUCAAUGUGGUUAACUCAUUAUCUACUACUGUUUCCAUGCUUUCCAGUAGUAUUCCUGCCUCCAUUACAGUUGCUGCUGCUCUCAAAGGUCCCUUUGUUCCUCCAGUUGAUCUACUGAGAAAUAGAGGGGAACUUGGCUGGAAGGGAUCAGCUGCCACCAGUGCAUUUAGACCAGCAGAGCCGAGAAAGGUUCUUCAGCUGCCUUUGGGUUCUGCAAAUGUUUGUCCUCCUGAUGAUUCUACAGGCAAAACCAGUCGGCCUCCAUUAGAUAUUGAUCUUAAUGUGCCAGAUGAAAGAUUGUUAGAGGAUAUGGCUUGUAGAGAUUCGAGUGCUGAGAUAGGUUCAAACCCAGACCAUUCAGUUAAUCUUGAUAGGUCGAGGAAUGAACUUACAGGUUCUGCACCUGGUCGCAUGUCUGGAGGACUUGAUCUCGAUUUGAAUAGAGUUGAUGAUGCUAAUGAUAUAACACAAUAUCCAACAACUAGCAUACGCAGAUUAGAGGCUCCUGUUGUACCUUUCAAGUCAUUAUCGUCCAGCUCGAAUAAUGAGGUCAAAAGGGAUUUUGACUUAAACAAUGGACCUGGUAUUGAUGAUGGUGUUGCUGAACAGUCUUCAUUCACCCAGCAUAGUCGGGGAAGCACGCAGUCUGUGCACUCGCUACCGACUCUUGCUGGUCUCCGCUCAAAUAACCUUGAAACAGGAAACUUCUCAGCGUGGUUUCCUUCUGGGACUUCUUAUUCAUCAAUUACUAUACCUUCAGCUUUAUCUGAUCGAGGGGAGCAGCCUUUUGCGAUCAUUCCACCUGGUGCACCGCAACGACUAUUGGGUCCUCCUGCUGGUAAUCCUUUCAAUCCUGACGUUUACCGUGGUUCAGUGUUGUCAUCGUCUCCGGCAGUGCCCUUUGCACCGAGCCCGUUCCCUUACCAAAUGUUCCCUUUUGGGACUACUUUACCUUUGCCAUCUGCUACUUUUUCUGUUGGGUCAAACUCUUUCAUGGACUCCUCAUCUGGUGGAAGAAUUUUUACUCCCCCUGUAAAUUCACAGUUUCUAGGACCUGUUGGCGCAGUCUCAUCCCAAUUUCCAAGGCCUUACAUGGUAAGCGUUUCUGACGGUAGCAAUAGUGGAGGUAUGGAGAGUAAUAGGAAGUGGAGUAGGCAGGGUUUGGACCUUAAUGCAGGCCCUGGUGUGUUAGAUAUUGAAGGCAGAGAGGAGUCAUUGGCACAAAGACAACUUGCUGUUGGCAGUUCACAGGCGCUAGCAGAGGAGCAAGUGAGGAUGUUUCCACUGUCUGGUGGUGUUCUGAAAAGGAAAGAGCCUGAUGGAGGGUGGGAUGGUGAAGGCUUCAGGUACAAGCAAUCCUCCUGGCAGUGAGGUUGUUAAGUAUUGCAGAAUGAGGAAUCUUCUUACUCACUCUCAAAGGGACAGUGUCUGACCUGCAUGUAUAUGAUCUCAUCAUCAUUGGAUGGGUCUUCUCCUGGAGGACAGCUAGUAAGUGGACAUUUUCCUCGACCUAUUCAGCCGCUCAGAAGCUUGGCGAAUAGGUGCUCAAUUGGGCUUUGCUAGCUCUUCAACCCAGCAAACUCUUCUGGGUGGGUUUAGAUCUUUUUCUUCUCUGUAAUAUUAACUGUCGGAAAUCUGUGAUGCGCUGAUAGCAGAUAUUGAUACGAUGCAUCACACAUGAUAUAGGUCUCAAUGUCUCUCAAUCCAGCUAUUCUGGUAAUCCAGCUAUUCUGGGUAUGGAGGUUGGAUUAUGGUUGGAUUUCUGAACUAAUUAAGGAAAGCUUUUGUAUGUGCUUUGUUGUUAAAUUGUCCAGCUUUGCUUCUUAGUCCUUUCUCGUCCCUAUUGCAUAUAUAUAAGUAGGGUUGACACCGAAUUUUGGCACUAAAGCUUUUCUUUAUUUAGUAGGUUCGGCUGCUCUUGUAUCCUAAAAUUUGUUUAAAUUUCUAACUGUAGCUGGCGGUCUUAUUGUACCUUGAGCUGUAUUCUAUGCAAACAAAAGAGGUUCCUCUUAUUUAUACAAGUUGUCCAAAGUGAAUAUUGUUUAGGAUUCCCUUGGUUGUGAUAAUUGAAGGUUUUAGUUCCUUAAAAGGAACAAUUGAAAGGGGACUCGAGUGGAAUUUUGUUCAUUGGAAUGUGGCUGCAUUUUGGACUGCAAUAAAUACUUACAAGCUGGUACUUACCUUAUGAUUCUGUUCAUGGUUAUCAGCAGAGCUUCUCUUAACUCUCUUGCAACCCUCGAAAACACCCACCGAGGCCCCUCGCUCUCUCUCUCUCUCUCUCUAUGUGAGGUUUUUUGGAGCAAGGAUAAGGUUGGUAGUCAUAUGUCUGUGAGGUACUAGGCAUUUUACAUACAUGAAACAAACAAAAGUAGUGUGUUUCGUGUUUACUUUCCCCACCCACCUCUAUCUCUCUCUCCGUCUCUCCAUUAGGGCAUUGAAAAUGGCAACACAAGUCGCUUGUGAUUCCAGACGUUGCAGUUGAAUAAAUUUGUUGAUCGUUUCUUCCAGUUUAUAAAGGAAGAGCUGUUUCUGGUACUGAAACUGCAGUCUGUUUACAGCAGUCAUUGAUGAUACUUGUAACGGGAAUAUUCACUUACUUCUUGCCUCUGCUGUAUAAGACAUGAAAAGCCUAGUGGUUGCAAUGGGGAUUUCUCAACCUGUUGGUGGGGAAGUUCAUUAUGUACUUUCUGCUGGAUUUCUGUU